AUGAACGCAAUUUCGCACUCGCUAGCCCAUCGGGGCCCUGGCGCCUCGCGCACCAGGUCCCGCUGGCAACCUUACCACUCCACGCUUAAUCCCACCUGCUCGACCCAAUAUCGCUCACCUCAGUCUUACUUGCAUACCCCUGCUUCCACUAUAUUAUCUGUAUCCCCCGCUUCCUACAUCAGUCCCGUCUGGAACCUCGACCAGACUCGCAAACACCCAUCGCUCCCGAUUGCCGCCCAGUCUGUGCAGACCCAGACCAAUCCCGUUCGAGAUGCGCAGAAGAAUAAAUAUGUUACUCGACUUGUUGAUCAGGCUGUCAAAUCCCUGUGCGAUAUCUGGCGCCCCGAGGACAUCCCUCAGGCUUUCCGUGUCUGCCCCCAAGACAGUGCCGCCACCACGUUUGCUUGCGAGAAGAACCCUGCUUCUGGUGAGAUCCCCCUCAUGCAGCUCCCCCUGCGGAACUCGCAGCUUCCAUCUCCGAUAUCGCCGUCAACUCAAGCGUCGCCCUUCUGUUCUCCCUCCAUCUCUCCCCAGGCUUCAUCUUCCAGCGGUUGUAUUCAGAUGGACCAUCUCAUGCCUAUCCGAGGAUUCGUUCACGAGGUGCUCCGUCGUUCACGCACUUCGACGGGUGUCCUGCAGACGGCGUUGUGCUACCUGGAGGCUGUUCGUUCCAAAGUGCCUGAUAUCCUUCAACAGGAGCGAUUCAAGGAAUUGCACCCUGAUGCUUCCAUGACAGAAGAUUCUGUUCAGCGGAUCUUCCUCGCAUCUGAGAUAGGAUACGGUGACACCAGCUUGGACUUGACUGGCAUCUACGAGAGCGACACUGAUGUCUCGACAAUAUCCGGGACGUCUACGACGACUCUUGUUGAUGUCUGCCCGCAAGAACCUCUGACUGCGCCGCCCACGGAGCUCAUCUCUAACAGCGACGCGAACCCGACUGGUCCACCUCCCAUCUGUCAUACGUCGUCAAAGAUUCCAUCGGCACCUCUUCCGCCUCUCCCUCCGUCGCCCUCUCCCCUCCUCUGUCCGCGUCGUACAUUCCUCGCGUGUCUCAUCCUCGCGUCGAAGUUCAUGCAAGAUCGUUCAUAUUCGAACAAAGCGUGGGCAAAGCUGGCCGGUCUCCCGCCACGGGAGAUCGGCCGCUGUGAGCGCGCCCUCGGCGAAGCAUUGGAAUGGCGGCUGUGGGUCGGCAAGGGACCAUCUGCGCCGAGUACAACGUCUGGCAGCAUUCACCGAGCAGUCGCG